AUGAGUGCCAAGAAUAAUCUAUUUGUAAAUGAAGAAGAAGAAGAGGAGAACAAUGACCGUAUGAUUUCUGAUGAAACUCAAACAAAUUUAGAGAGCAUUGAUAGCGAACAAAUGAACACCGAAGAAGAUGACGAUGAUCCUAUAGUAAAGGAAAUACCGAUAAACCUGGCGGGUAAAGAUGAGAAUUUGCAUGCAUUUCAAUAUGUGUCUAAAGCCAAACUCAUAGGUGGUAAGCUUGCAGAUCACCCUUUCAUUGCAGCUGCAAGAUAUAAGACCAAGUCAUCAGUUUGGGAGUUAGAUACUCCAUUAAAUGAAAGUGCAUUCUUCAACAAAAACAAAGCAGAGGAAGAUUGGAAUGAUGUUAAGGUCCAAACUCUCAGAGGUGUCAGUGUUCCAAAUGAAGGACAAUAUGCUGCAUUCAUGUCCGAGGGACAGGCGUACCUGGUACCGAUCAAAACGAUAUGUCAGUUGCGACCAUAUUUCAAGUACAUCGAUGACAUUACACAACAAAAGAAGAACGUGGAAGCAAAACAAAAUCCAAACCCUGCAACUCAAAAGGCACAAGUGGUUACCAUGUCUGUGAAAAGUGUAAAUGAUCCUACGCAAAUCAGAUUAGCUGGUUCAUUAUUAGCACAUAAGGUUGUUGAUGAAGAACAGCCUCUUGAAUUGUCUUGGGCUGAAAAUACUUUCGAGCAAUUCAAGGCGUCUAUGAUCAAGGAAUGUUCGGAGCAUAUAUUGAAACCAACGGAGACAGAGCAUGAGUAUAUGAAGAGUUUAAUAUAG